AUGGCGGCUAUAUUCGAACACUCCAAUCGUGACCCACUUGCGGGUGCUCCGGUAAACUCUGCGUCCAUCACACCACCGCAGAGUGCCAACGGGAAGAAAGAUGCACCUGAAGGGGUACCUACGGAAUUAUCAGACCUUGAGCUAGAUGCCAAAUCAGCGACCGCUCAGGAUGAUACCCCCAUAAAGAUAGAAGCAAAGGAAGAGCUGGAAGCAGAAGCAGAAAUCGAACCCGACCAUUAUUAUGGCGGUGGAAAAAUCCCAGUGUUCAAGCCGACAAUGGAUCAAUUUCGCGAUUUCCAAUCCUACGUCAGCAAGAUUGACAAGUAUGGAAUGAAAGCUGGUAUUGUGAAAGUGGUUCCUCCAAAGGAAUGGAUCGACGCCCAAAAGCCGCUGGACGAGCAAGUGAAGUCGAUUCGCGUGAAGAACCCUAUCAUGCAAGAAUUCCAUGGGUCGCAUGGUACCUACACUCAAGCCAAUAUUGAACGCCAACGAACCUACAACCUACCUCAAUGGAAGGCCUUGUGUGAGGAAAGUAGCCACCAACCGCCCGCUCGCCGUGGAGAACGGCGUCGCAACCAAGAACGGGCAAGAGUGACCGCAACACCACGACCUCAGUCUAGCGCAGAAGGUCAGAAACGCCGACCCGGUCGUCCUCCCAAGCGUACGAACCAAGUCCAAAUUAAAGAAGAGCCCACAGAUGAGGCGGAGAAGUCGAAGUCUGAAGGCCCUCCCACACCCGUGUCGCCUGAAUCAAACCCGGUUGAGACUAAGAGCGAAGACCUGAGUGAUGGAGAGUCGCUCCCGGCUACGAAACCCAAAGGAAGACAGUCCAAGUCUAUCACAUCACGACGAAAGAAUAACCGCGGAGAAACAGUCGAUCACAUUGAUGAGGCUGCGUUUGAGACCUUUGAUUACCGCAUUCAUGACCAUGAAGAUUACACUGCGGAAAGAUGCGAGGAACUUGAGACUGCGUACUGGAAGUCACUCAUGUACAACAACCCCAUGUACGGUGCGGACAUGCCUGGCUCUCUCUUCGAUGAUGAGACCACUUCCUGGAACGUUGCCAAGUUGCCAAAUUUGCUGGAUGUCCUUGGACAGAACGUGCCCGGUGUCAAUACAGCCUACCUCUACCUGGGAAUGUGGAAGGCCACCUUUGCUUGGCACUUGGAGGAUGUGGAUCUCUACAGUAUCAACUACAUCCAUUUCGGUGCGCCCAAACAGUGGUACAGCAUCUCCCAGGAAGAUGCUCCGCGCUUUGAGGCGGCGAUGCGGAGUAUUUGGUCGAGCGAUGCCAAGAACUGUGAUCAAUUCCUGCGGCACAAGACCUACCUUGUCUCACCAAGUCUGCUCAAGUCACAGUAUGGAAUCACUGUGAACCGAUUGGUCCACUACGAAGGGGAAUUUGUCAUUACUUUCCCCUAUGGGUACCACUCUGGCUACAAUAUCGGUUACAACUGUGCUGAGUCUGUUAACUUUGCAACAGAAAGAUGGCUGGACUAUGGUCGCAUCGCGAAGAAAUGCAAUUGUGAAGCAGACAGCGUCUGGAUUGACGUGGAUGAGGUUGAACGCAAACUGCGUGGUGAGGCCACUCCCGAAUACUAUGUCGACUAUGACAGCGGCUUCGAGGGCUUCGAGGGUGCUUCAGAACUUUUGACUCCUCCGCGCAGCGUGCCUGAGAAAACCUCCACCCGUGGCCGAAAGAGGAAAGACGCGGGUGACGGGCCGAGGACCAAACGACCCAAGCUCCACCCCGAAGGCCAGCGGAAGCUCCCGUGUCUCUUAUGCCCUAAUGAUCAUGACUACGAGGAUCUAUUGCCAACAGAAGAUGGCAAAUAUCAUGUGCAUCGGCGAUGCGCAGCGUUUAUCGAAGAAACCAGCAUUCUUCGGGAUAACUCAGGCAAUGAGGUGGUGUGCGACAUUGACAGGAUUCCCAAGGCUCGCCUGGGUCUGAAGUGUCUCUUCUGUCGCGAGGUUCGUGGCGCCUGCUUCCAGUGUAAUUUUGGAAAGUGUACUCGUGCCUACCAUCCUACCUGUGCUCUUCUCGCGGGUGUUCAGGUCGAGCAUGGUUCCAUUGCCGUGAAUGCCGAUGAUGGAAAGCAGUACGCCCUGCCCAGUGUGGAUCUCAAGUGCAAGUUCCACCGUCAGAAGCGACCUUCAGGCUUGCUGAGAGAAUCUUUUGAUCUGGAUCGUGGUGUAAUUGAGGCGGCUCGUCGCUCGGUUCAAGGCGAUUUGAUCCAACUCCAGGCGGACAAAGAGAUUACUGGUGCUAUCGUUCUCCAGAAUCGAUCCGAUGAACGGGCUUUGUUGGUUAAGAUUCUCCCGAGAGGAGACGUAAUUGAGAUACCAUAUCGCUGGUUGCUCGUGGUGCGCAAGAGCAAUUUCGCGCCCCUUGCGCCGGGAAUUCAGGCUCUACCGGCCCACUUAGCGCGAAAGCCUGAACAACGAAAGGACCUAGAGGUUGCAGUACCGGUCGCCGGUAGUGCGUUUGGCGACGGCCGAUCUGCUUACCAGUGGGCCGAAUUUCAGACAGUGGAUGCAGCUAAGAUUCAAUUCGCCCCACUGCCUACGGUCGACUUGGCCAAACCGGAACAGGUGUGGCAUUACCUAGGCGCGCAGUCCACCGAGAGUAGGGCACAGUAUACGCACAACCCUAGCGUACUCAUCCACAACCCGCUGGCCAAUUUCCUGGACAGCGUCAACAAAAUCUUUACGCCCAACACCGACCGCAAAUACAACAUAAACACGAACCUCUCUCCCACGCCAACCAAACCCCUCACCUACAAUCCCGACCGCCCUCCUCUGCCGCUUCCCUGCAGAACCUUGCCCCUCCCCCCUCAUUCUGCUCCUUCCACCGGUGCUGCUGCUGCUGGUCCUGCGAUGCCGUCGGCCUUUCGAACUCUGCCGAAUACAACUGCCCGCCAUGCCCCCUACCCUUCGGUCACCAAGUCGCACGUUCAGCAGCAGCACCACCUUCCCGCCACCAAUACCUUUGCCAAUGUUCGGGAACUCAUUGCCCGCCGGCGUCUCGCCCAGAUCACCGACCACGCCAAUGUCUUCGCUGGUUAUACGAUCGUAGGCCCCGAAUUGGUGGUAGAGACUUUGUUGGGUCCUAUGGGAUCGAUCCCCCCGCCCAAUGGACUCGAGAAACUCGAACUGGCCAUGGCCCAGCAGCGGGUGCAGCCGCGGGCAGCUGAUGGUACUUUGCUACCGCCUCAGACCCUCAACAUGCGGUCUGAAGAGGUAACGCGGCUUCUCAACAUGCUUCGGUUCUCCCUAGUCAGCCACCGCGAGCGCUUGGAUGUCAUUCAGAGGAAGGAGUCAGAAGGCGUCAAGCUAGAGACCAUUGAUCGAGGAAGCGUCGCCGCCGCCAAGAUGCCUGGUAAAUACGCUUUUCUCGAUCAGCAGCGGGAAUUGGCCCCCAAAGUUUACCAAUCUCCGUACAACAUGCCGUCGGGGUUAUCCGAGUACGCCAAGACCACGUACGAGUUGAUUCCAUCACCGGACGAACCACCCAAAUCAUCGUUAGCCAAUGACUUCUUUGCUCGUCUCUCCCCAGAAGACCAAGAGAAGAUCAUGAAGACUUGCGGUAGCUUUGUGCAGCGUGCCAUCGAUCGCUCGACCAGCCACAGCCGGCAUAGUUCAGCAUCAAAUCUUCGACUACAGUCGGCACUCGCCCAGCAGACGGAAAAUCCGACGAUCGACAUCACCACCGUCGAUGACCCACCACUGUCCGGUCUGGAUCUGCCUCUCCAUGCCGAUUCACCGUGCUCUAGUUUCGGUCGGUCGCAUCUGCGGCUCCAGUCGCCAAACGAAUUCCCAAUCCACGGUCCUGACCCCCACCCUGAUCACCACGAUCUGUUUGGGGAUCAACAGGCCAAUACCCGCUUCUGGCAGAACGGGCCAUGGGUUGCUGGUGAUGGCAACACCCCCAACGACGAGAACCGACCAUUCUUUGGUCCUCAUGAGCGACUCAAGCAUGAUUAUGCAUCUUCUGACAUCUCCUUGGGCAAGGGGCCGGGUUCGUUACACUCCGUCGAUAUGGCCGGCUUCGGCUUCGACGGUCCUGAUGAUCUCAUUAGCGGGCUCAGCCCCUAG